GGCCAUAUAUGUUUUCCUAGCUUCCUUUGGUCCGUACACCACCGCUUUCCGAUCAUCGCCUCUACUCUUCCUGCUGCUCCCGUUCCCCUGCGAUGGGCGGCUCGUCGGCGGGAGUGCUGGUGCCGUCGGUGUCGAAGGCGGACGAGAUGGGGGCUUCGGUCACGCCGCUGGCGGUUUCGUCAUCGGAGACCACGGACGUGGCCGGGGCUCCGGCCGCCGAGGGGGAGACGGUACCGGACGGAUCUCGGGACGGCGCGGCGGUGGAGGCGGAUGCCGAGCGCGACAGGGACCUGCUCUGCCCCAUCUGCAUGGGGGUUAUCAAGGAUGCCUUCUUGACGGCCUGCGGCCACUGCUUCUGCUACAUGUGCAUCGUCACCCACCUCAAUAAUAAGAGCGAUUGCCCCUGCUGCGGAAAUUACCUCACCAAGAGUCACCUCUACCCCAAUUUCCUCCUCAAUAAGCUCUUGAAAAAGCAAUGUGUCCGUCAAAUUGCAAAAUCAGCAUCACCUAUUGAGCAUCUUCGUGUGGCAUUGAAACAGGGAUGUGAAAUGUCAGUUAAGGAGCUUGAUGGUCUGUUGUCUCUUCUCAGUGAGAAAAAGCGGAGAAUGGAGCAACAAGAGGCUGAGAUGAAUAUGCAAAUUUUGCUUGACUUUUUACACAGUCUUAGGAAAAAAAAGCUGGAAGAGCUGAAUGAGGUUCAAACUGACAUGCAAUUCAUCAAAGAUGAUAUAAAUGCAGUAGAGAAACACAGAACAGAACUGUACAGGGUGAGAGAGAGGUACUCUGUCAAAUUGCGCAUGCUUUUCGAUGAUCCAAUUCCAACAAAAUUGUGGGCUCCCACUGCUGACCAGCAUAACAGCAUACUUAUCUCGAAUUCUCGAAAUUCUCGAAGCUCUCUUGUCAGGACAGGCUCUGAUAAUUUACAGAUUAGGAGUAAUGAUGUGACAGCUCAACUAAACCAUCAAGAGCACCAAAGAAAAGAUGCUUUUAGUGGUUCUGAAACAAGUUCCCUUAUUCAAUCAGGAAGAGUCAUAGCAAGAAAGAGAAAAAUUCAAGCACAGUUUAAAGAGCUUCAAGAAUGUUACUUACAAAAGCGGCGUCUUGGAGCUAGUCAAUCACAUCAUCCAAAAGAAAAAGUAGAUGCCAAAGUCAGAGAAGGCUAUCAUGUGGGUCUUGAGGACUUUCAGUCUAUACUAACUACAUUUACUAAAUACAGUCGGUUGCGUGUUAUUGCGGAACUUAGACAUGGAGAUCUAUUUCAUUCAGCAAAUAUUGUGUCAAGCAUCGAAUUUGAUUGUGAUGAUGAGUAUUUUGCCACUGCUGGUGUUUCCAAGCGAAUUAAAGUAUUUGAAUUUUCCACUGUUUUGAAUCAGCCAUCAGAGGUAAAUUGCCCUGUUGUAGAAUUGGCCACUCGGUCCAAACUUAGUUGCUUGAGUUGGAACAAGUAUUCAAAAAACGUUAUUGCAAGUAGUGAUUACGAAGGGAUAGUAACUGUUUGGGAUGUAACCACUCGCCAGAGCAUAAUGGAAUAUGAAGAACAUGAAAAAAGAGCAUGGAGUGUUGAUUUUUCACGGACAGAACCAUCGAUGUUAGUUUCUGGUAGUGAUGAUUGCAAGGUCAAGGUGUGGUCCACAAAGCAAGAAGCCAGUGUUAUCAAUAUUGACAUGAAAGCAAAUAUAUGUUGUGUCAAAUAUAAUCCUGGAUCUAGCGUUCAUGUUGCAGUUGGUUCUGCUGAUCAUAAAAUUCACUAUUUUGAUUUGAGAAACACUAGUUCUCCACUCUGUGUCUUCAAGGGGCAUUGGAAAGCAGUAUCAUAUGUGAAGUUCUUGUCCACAAAUGAGCUUGCAUCUGCAUCAACAGACAGUACAUUGCGAUUAUGGGAUGUAAAUGGCACAUGUCCAGUGCGCACUUUUGUAGGACACACAAAUGAGAAAAAUUUUGUGGGCUUGACAGUGAACAACGAGUACAUUGCUUGUGGCAGUGAGACAAACGAGGUUUGUGUGUACCAUAAGGCUAUCUUGACGCCAGCCGCACGACACAAAUUUGGAUCAUGGGAUCUUGAUGAUGCGGAAGAUGAUGCUGGUUUGUAUUUUAUUAGUGCUGUUUGUUGGAAGAGUGACAGUCCUACAAUGUUGGCAGCCAAUAGCCAGGGGACCAUCAAAGUUCUUGUAUUAGCAGCUUAGCCACAGAUGAUAAAAGAUGCCGAAAGUUUCAACAAUGCCUUUGGCAGAUAUCUGUGUAUUCACUCCUAGGUUAGGUUCUCUCUUCCCAGUUUUCUCCAGUGAUCCUACUUGGUCUUCAAAAUGGUUUUACGACCGUUGGUACAUGCCUCGGCUUAAGUUUUCUUUAUACAUUAUUUGCAGAUUUGUACAUAAGUAUAAUAGGUGGAAAUGCAGUAAUCACAGUUGAUUAUUUUUCUUCUUUUUUUUUUUUUUUUCCAAAAAAUGCUAAAAAAUGCUGUGGGAACUUGUAAGGAUGACCUUUCAUAGAUUGGGUCUUGCAAAUCUAAAUCAAUGAGUUAAAAGCAUCGGUGCUGUGCUUUGCCUUGUGGAGAUUAGAUGUCUUUGCAAUGGAAGGUUUGUUAUGUUACAUGUUUUAUGAGCUUGGGGCUUUAAAUUUGUAGGAGGUUUUUACAUUUGUAAAUUUGUAGGUAGACAGGGAGAAUUGCAGUAUGUUCACAUAUGUAUUGCUUUAAAUAUGUAAAAAAAAAGAAGAAAAAAAUCAUUUAAUUUAUGUAGUCUUGGUGACACGAGGAAACAAAUGCAUUGUGGUGUCUUGGUGAGUAAGAUGAAUCAAUUGGUCCCCUUGUUAUAAGAAGACAUCCAUUCAUAUAUCCAUAUCAUGCAUUGUAGUUCAUUUGGCCUUUUUUAUGUACCUCAGCUACAUGUUGGUGACUACAUGCCAAAUUGCCAUGGGAUUAAUCUUCUUCCACCACUACAAUCACAACACGUGAAAGCAAAGAUCGAGCAAGUUCAACAUAUUCGAAUUAUAUUGCCGUGAUGUCCACGCAUCUAUUAUUUUACUUUCUCACGCGACGAACUACUCGAAUAGAUCUCCUAUAACAUGAUGCAUUGAGAGAAACUUGUGUAUCAUCGCUCACAAUCUUCUUGUGGACUUCCAUGUGGAGUUUGUGACGUUGAGCUGCGAGAUUGUAGUGUGCAGCGAGGGCAAAGUCCAUGCAUGAUCCGGUGGACGGCGGUGCGCCGAAGCUUCCGAGAACUAAAUCGAGUUCACGCGCUCUUGGUCGUCCAGGCUAACUCCGACGUACCGGCCCUCGGCUUGCUCUUGCUCUUGGCCGCCUCCUCUUUCCAUGGCCACGGCAUCAUGGAGUAUGCCUGCAAGUCGUUCGCGCACACAGCGAAGCCUGACCUGUUCAUGUGGAACACCAUGAUCCGCUGCGCCGCUCGCAGGCCGCGUCCCUCUUCCCGUUCAAGGCGUGCGCCAAGCUGUCGUCGGCGACCGCGGGGGCGUUGUUCCACGCUGCGCGCGUGAAGCUCGGGUCCGAGUCGGAUGCCUUGUUAAGGAACGCUCUGAUCAACCUGCACGCCCGCUGCGGGGAUUUGGCAAUCGCCAUGGUUCUCUUUGAAGUGGAACCAACUUAUCUCUUGUGAUCAGUGUGAUUUUUCUUCUAAUUUAAAGCCCCUACAUCAUGUAUUCUAAGUGGAACUAUAGUCAUGUU